AUGACACGAUUAUCAUGUACGAUAUGGGCAUUAGUGCUCAAUAGUUUAAAAAUAUCAAUUUUUCAAACAUAUUUCGCUAACGCUUUGGAAGAUGAAUUUGGUUAUUCUCUGAUGUCAAGUCCACCAAUUACUUCUUUUUUAAUUGCUACAAGUGUCUAUAUUAUUAUCGUCAAUUCCACGUUAUUCCCAAAAUCUUUCCGAGAACCGAAACCUAUUUUUAUGUGUUUAUAUGAGUUUUUAGUAACUGCGUUCUUCCUAGAAUUUGCAAUUGCAUGCAUAUGGACGCCAAUAGAUGUACUCAUCUUAAGCAUACUGCCAAAGAAAAUUUAUCCUGUAACGCAACAAUUUAUUAAUUAA